AUGUCUCUCGCCCAUUGCCUCUUCUCAUCUUCCCCAAACAUUGCCAAAUCCGACCCCUUCUCCCCCUCUAGCCCCCACGCUGCCAUCCCCAAGCACCGCCCAUCUUCACUCUCCCUCCAAAAUCACCUUCCCAAUACGCAUUCCUACCUCUCCCACAAGCCCCACCAAUUUUCCCCCUUCUCUAAAUUCAAGCACCCUUUUGCUGGGAUUUCCUCCUUUGCUGAAGCUGGGGGCGAAGGGAAACAGGAAGUGCUUCAAUUUAGCCAAAACCAUGAACACGAGAAGGCCAGUGGGGAGGAGGCGGAGGAGGAAUUACAAGGGAUGGCUCAGGCCUUCCAUAUUUCUUCAACAACUGCCACUGCUAUUAUUGCAUGUAUUGCACUUUCGGCUCUUAGUUUUCCGCUUUUCAUGAAGUCUUUGGGGCAGGGGUUGGCCUUGAAGACCAAGAUACUGUCGUAUGCUACUCUGUUGUUUGGGUUUUAUAUGGCUUGGAAUAUAGGUGCCAAUGAUGUGGCUAAUGCCAUGGGGACCUCUGUCGGCUCUGGUGCAUUGACGCUUCGGCAGGCUGUGGUUACGGCGGCGGUUUUGGAAUUCUCAGGGGCUUUACUGAUGGGUACCCAUGUGACUAGUACAAUGCAGAAUGGGAUUCUUGUGGCGGGUGUGUUCCAGGGGAAGGAUAUGCUGUACUUUGCUGGCUUGCUUUCUUCUUUGGCUGCUGCUGGUUCUUGGUUGCAGAUUGCAUCGUAUUAUGGAUGGCCCGUCUCGACGACGCAUUGUAUAGUGGGAUCAAUGGUUGGGUUCGGGCUUGUUUAUGGAGGAGCUGGUGCUGUCUUCUGGGGCUCACUGGCGAGAGUGGCUUCUUCAUGGGUGAUUUCUCCAUUAAUUGGAGCUCUGGUUUCAUUCCUUGUCUACAAGUGCAUUCGUAGGUUUGUGUACAGUGCAAAGAAUCCAGGACAGGCAGCUGCUGCAGCUGCACCGAUACUCGUAUUCCUCGGCGUAAUCGGGAUAUCAUUUGUAUCAUUUCCUUUAAGUAAGAAUCCCAAAUGGGCUGCAGCGCAAGCCGUUGCCUGUGGAACACUAGGAGCAUUCCUGGUUGACAAGAUCAUUCAGGGACAACUUGGCCAUCUACUCAACAAAGCCGCUUUGUCUUCGGAAAACACCGACGAAAGUACGAGUAAAAACAUCGGGUUCCUUGAUGAUAUUGCAGGUCCAAAGGGAACUCAGUUGGAGAUAGUUUAUGGAGUGUUUGGAUAUAUGCAGGUUCUUUCAGCUUGUUUCAUGUCAUUUGCUCACGGUGGAAACGACGUGUCCAACGCGAUCGGUCCGUUGGCUGCUGCAUUAUCCAUACUUCAGGGCAGCAUCGGUGGGGCGGAGAUUGUGAUUCCAAUUGAUGUCCUUGCUUGGGGAGGAUUUGGGAUUGUAGCUGGGUUGAUGAUAUGGGGGUAUAGAGUGAUAGCAACAAUUGGGAAGAAGAUUACAGAACUGACACCAACGAGAGGAUUUGCAGCAGAGUUUGCUGCUGCUUCGGUGGUUCUCAUUGCAUCAAAACUUGGAUUGCCAAUCUCAGCGACGCAUACAUUGGUUGGUGCAGUCAUGGGGGUGGGCUUUGCAAGGGGACUCAACAGUGUUAGAGCCGAGACUGUAAGAGAGAUAGUUCUUUCAUGGGCUGUGACAAUUCCUGUUGGGGCUUUCCUCUCAGUUGUGUAUACAUGGAUCUUGACCAAGCUUUUGUCAUAUAUUUUAUGAGCCAUGUAUGCCAUUUGGAACAAUUUGGAGUCGCUGUUUAUAAAGCAUCAAGCAAGGGAGUAACUGGUUGCUUGUCUUCAGCCAUUUCUUCCUUGCUAUUUGGAUCCAUGCAGAAGAGUUCUGUGCUUCUGCUGAUCGAACUAAGAGAAAUGAAUUUUGUGUUAUUCUUGCAAUGUAACUUUCAAUAUAUCAAAUAGCCAUACUCACACUUACUAGUA